AUUCUCCGCCCAUUCCCCAGCCCGGUCCUGCAGUAGACGUUCCACCUCGUCAUAUGGCUGUCGUCCAGCCACAGUCAGCACUUUUCCAUGAUGGUUCUGCGCCCGUAUUCCGCGCAUGUGCUUCUGCCAUGCAGCGUCCGACUCUCACAAAUGUCCGCAUCCGCUCCACACGUGAUGCCAAUCAGAUCUUUUAUGCAGUCUUGCGCAAUGUUCUCCCCAUGACUGUUCGUCGCCUUGAUGCGGAAGAGCGUCGCGCAAUCGCCUCUGGAAAUGUCUAUGUAUGGGAAGAGCGCGGCGCGUCCUCCGAGGCAACGGGACUCGGCAUUGAGCGCUGGACUGACGGCAUGCGCUGGAGUCCUAGUAGGGUCCGAGAUGAAUUUCUAUUCUACCACCAGAAGGAGAUGGAUCCGGAGGAGGCGGCUGAUCUCCCCCCGACACGAUGGGCUCGUAUAGUGAGACCCAAAGCUUCCAGCACGGACGGCAACUCGUCAGAUGCCUCUCCUGACAAGAUUCCUCACCAGCGCCCUGAAAGUGACCCAGAGAAGCUCAUUAAGCAGACUUACAGCGUGCUUGUCGCGCUACCUGAAGACAGGCACCGCGGCGUCCUUCGGAAGUGGCACCUCACUGCAUAUUUCACGCAAGCAACUGUGGACAAACUGAGUACGGUUGAUGAAAUGCUGCCGAAACCACAGGUGAUGGUUCCGGAGGGUCUCUUCCGGAGCGCUCGCGCCGGUAAGAUUCGCCGUGACACUGCUGCGAGCCGUCAACAUCAACAACAGCGUCAGAUAGCUUUUGCGCGGGGUUUGGGACCUGCAGCGGCAGGACCGUCGGGGUCAUCGUCAGCAACCGCUUAUCCGAGUGUGGUGCCGUCAUCUACUUACAGUCCUCGGGCGGGUCUUUACGCGCAUGUGUCACCACGCGCGUACCCACAUGCCCAAUAUUCCGCCUACACUCAAGAGCACAGAGACAGGAUACCGGGUCAGCCGCCAGUGCACAUUGACGCAUACCGCCCGCCUACCGGUGCUUCUUACACGAUCGCCCCGGGUCCUCCGCCGCCGCCACCGCCUCCAGGGCACGGCGGGUAUUACGGACAAGGCCGCGGACUUGGAAUCACAUAUCACCGGCCUCCUCGGGAUCGUGAGUACGAGCGCGAUGGCGAGUCGACGCAGGAAUUGCAUCGUGAACGCGACCAAGUAUCUCCACAAAGAAUACCGCCACCGCUGCCGAAUACAUACGAUCCCACGCGCCAGCGUAUCGUCGGGCCCCCUCAGAGUCGUUCACCCUCGUAUUCUCACCCCUAUGCGAAUGCGCUUCCGAGUCACUACAUUCGCACUACUGGCGCGGGUACAUCCCACUCCCAUAGUAAUGGAAGCUCAAGCCCAUAUGCAACGGCGCGUCCUUUAGUGUCUAAAUAUUACUCGCCCGCGAAGCCAAUUGAGCCAAUUGAGGUCGAUGUUCCUCGCCACGCACAACCGUUGACUCCUACUCCACCGGGGCAGUCAUCCGCGUCAGACAGGCCCUUUUCACAUGGGGGAUCGGACUAUGGGGCCAGCAGAGCGGGCGAUUCAGACGUGGAAAUGGAUGAAGAGGAGUACGAUCGGCCUGUGCCUCCAGUGCAACGUGAAUCGGAAGUUGGUCCCAUACGGAGUUCAACAAGUCCUUCACCUAGCCAUAGGAGUACACGCCUUCCCGCUGCGCCGUUAAGUACGGAUGCACCCUCAUCACCGCGACCGCAACCAGCAUCAGCUUUGGUCUCGGGAUUAGACAGUAAUUCCAGCGGUGCACACCCACUAACACCGAACCAGUCACCCGUAGCGAAUUUAUCAAACCUUGAAGGAGAGCGUGUGCGUGCGUUAGUUCCGCUCGACAGUCUCGAGAACGCGGUAUUCCCUCGUCGCGACCCGACGGAUGAUGCACUGUUGAGACGCUUCAAUACACUGAGGACUACGCCACCCGCAUCUACUGCACGGGACGAAUGAGCACGUACUAGCGACGGACAUAAGGCAAUUCGACCUUCUGUGCGUGCUUGUACCGCAGAAUUUGCUCAAGCCGCCCCUUCGCUACUUUUUACCGUCCGUUUAUCCAUUCUAUACUCAUUUCAGCAAGUCUCAUACCCUGCCCUCCGAAAACCCGCCUACUUAUGGCUAACUUGGUCCGCCAUCCACUGUUUCUUCUCUGUUUCUCUUCUUUUGUCAAUCAUGAGGUUGUAACGUGGCGUGUAUAUCCACCCCUGUCUUUCCUCUGCUUUGUUCUGUAUUUGUCUUGUUUAUUCCAUCCCCCUGCCUCUGUUUCGCUCAAUUCAUCCAUCUUCAAUUCCUUUCAGACUUUUCGAUCUUCCCUUACUCACUGCUACCCUUAUCGCAAUCACUUUCUGAUACCUCUCUUAAAUGCAUUCUUCCCACCACCUCACAUGGAAAACGUUCAUGAGAAUACGCUCUAGACGAUUCAUCACGCCACAUUAUGUUACUGUUCACCUCUCCCUCUGUCCUUCGUACUUUUCUUAGGCACUCAGAGCUUACUGUCCUUCCGCGCAUGUAUGCUUUUUCUUUUUUCUUCUUCCUUCAAAUGGCAUAUUAAGAGCUAUUACACAAUUGUUGUUCAGUAGUAUAUUAUUUCUC